GGGCGGUGCGCCGAGGCCGUCCUUGAGGGAGAGCCCGCGGGGCUGCGUCUCUUCCCCGGCGUGGGCGGCCCAGGUCCCGGCCCUCGGCCCCGUGGGCUGCCCCGACGGCCGCGUCGCCCGGGGGGAGGCGCGCUCACUUUCCGGGCGCACGGGGCGGGCGCGAACCCCGCGGGCAGCACCGCCCCAGGUUCCGGCUCGGGUGGUCCGAGCUCCGGAUGCGAAGUAGCCGGCGGAGGGGCGCUCCCCUGUGCCCUGCGCCCUCGCCCGGGCGGCUGUGCGGGACCGUCCUGCUGCGCGGCGGACAGCCAGGGAAGCUUCCCUUCUCCACCCUUGUUUCUGAUUUCUGCACUUUUUAAACUUGUGACAGCAUGUACAUAAAACAUAGAAUUUACCAUUUCAGCCAUUUAAAAUUGUAUGAUUCAGUGGCAUCGUCCCUUUUAGUGCCUUAGACCCUCGUUUUGUCCUGAAGCAGGAGGGGUUAAAAGGGAGCUAUGUUGUUGCAAAUGUUAGAAUCUAACUCAGCCAGCUCCGAGCCAGCGUGGCAGCCCAGUGAAUUCCCCGGAGGGGAGUCCUGCAGGGAAACCGUGCCUGGGUCAGGCGCAAGGGCAGCCCGCCCAGGGCCUCUGUCCCGCGUGCCCUCCAGCACGCCUCUCCCGCACGCCAAAACCUCAGUGCCUCACGCUGGGAGACACCCCUGUUCCCGGACCAGACCUGGGCUUGGGCGGCGCUGGGCUCCUUCUCUGUAGUGUUCCAGAGUUGCAGGUCCUCUCACUUGCUUUUUAGGGCAGGAGCGAUGGUGCCCCAUCUGGUGCCCAGGCAGCUGGUGUGGCUCUGCCGGCGGCAGGCGGCGUGCGCCCGGGGAGCCUCUGUGCAGCACAGGACAUGGGUAGGGGCGUCCGGGGCCCCCAGCCUGCUCAGCCCUUGGAGGGCCACGGUCACCAGCCCCCUGCUCUGCAGAAGCAGCUCUUCCACACCCCCUAGUGCCCCCAAGGUGGCGCUGACCCGGGAGCGCUACCCCGUGACGCGGCUGCCGUUCUCCGUGGUGUCCGAGGAAGACCUGGCAGCCUUUGAACGCAUCGUCCCCGGCAGGGUCAUCACAGACCCAGAGGUGCUGGAGGCUUCGAAUGUGGACUGGCUGAGAACGGUCCGAGGUUGUAGCAAGGUGCUGCUGAGGCCCCGGACCUCCCAGGAGGUGGCUCACAUCCUCAGGUACUGUCACGAGAGGAACCUGGCCGUGAACCCGCAGGGGGGAAACACGGGCAUGGUGGGGGGCAGCGUGCCCGUCUUUGAUGAGAUCAUCUUGUCCACUGCCCUGAUGAACAAGGUCAUCAGCUUCCACAGCGUGUCCGGGACCCUGGUGUGCCAGGCGGGCUGCAUCCUGGAGGAGCUUAGCCGGUACGUGGAGGAGAGGGGCUUCAUCAUGCCGCUGGACCUGGGGGCGAAGGGCAGCUGCCACAUCGGGGGAAACGUGGCAACCAACGCAGGCGGCCUGCGGUUUCUGCGCUAUGGCUCCCUUCACGGGACUGUCCUGGGCCUGGAAGUGGUACUGGCCGACGGCACCGUCCUGAACUGCCUGAGCUCCCUGCGGAAGGACAACACAGGCUAUGACCUGAAGCAGCUCUUUAUCGGGUCGGAGGGCACGCUGGGGGUCAUUACGGCUGUGUCCAUCCAGUGUCCGCCCAAGCCCAGGGCGGUCAAUGUGGCUUUCCUCGGUUGUCCGGGCUUUGCUGAGGUUUUGCAGACCUUCAGCACCUGCAAGGGGCUGCUGGGGGAGAUCCUGUCCGCGUACGAGUUCAUGGAUGCCGAGUGCAUGUGGCUGGUCACGCGCCACCUGCGCCUCGCCAGCCCAGUGCAAGAAAGUCCCUUCUAUGUCCUAAUCGAGACCUCAGGCUCCAGAGCGGGGCACGAUGCCGAGAAGCUGAGUGACUUCCUGGACCAGGUGCUGAGCUCCGGCCUGGUGACGGAUGGGACCGUGGCCACAGACCAGAUGAAACUCAAGGCGCUGUGGGCCCUGAGGGAGAGGAUCUCGGAGGCGCUGAGCCGGGACGGCUACGUGUACAAAUACGACCUCUCCCUGCCCACCGAGAGGCUCUAUGACCUUGUGCCCGACCUGCGUGCCCGCCUUGGCUCGCGGGCCAAGCACGUGGUGGGCUAUGGCCAUUUGGGGGAUGGUAACCUGCACCUCAAUGUGACGUCAGAGGCUUUCAGCCCGUCGCUGCUGGAUGCCCUGGAACCCUAUGUGUAUGAGUGGACAGCCGGGCAGCGGGGCAGCGUCAGCGCCGAGCACGGCCUGGGCUUCAAGAAGAGGGGCGUCCUCGGCUACAGCAAGCCGCCUGAGGCCCUGAGGCUCAUGCAACAGCUCAAGGCCCUCCUGGACCCCAAGGGCAUCCUGAACCCCUACAAGACGCUGCCUGCCCAGGCCUGACAGGGAGACGCAGGAGGAGCCUUGGUCCGACCCUGUUUUUGCCUGCGGCGGUGGGCCUGCAGGGUUGGCGUGAACUCGGCGGGACUCCGCCCGGUGGAGCAGCACCGGGUGGGGUGGUCCAGCCACCAGUUGGAGGGGCCAGAGCCAGCCCCCGGGCAGGAUUCUUCCUGGCUGCUCUGCCAGUCCUGUUGGGCCAGCAGAGCGGAGAGCUGCCGGUGCCACCCGGUCUGCUCUCUCAGCCUGUGCGCAGGCACCGUCCACCGCUCUGCAGACUGGGAGAGGGCCUCCUGCUGCACGUCCCGGGUGGUCCUGGUGGGCAAGCAGUUCUGUCCACUCUGGGGACCAGGCAGGCCACAUUCCGCUCUGCUUGUGGGCUGCAGCUGUGGGAGGGGGCGUGGGUGGUCCUGUCACUGUGUCCCCCGUGCCGUGCACGUCCCCGGCAGAGGUGAUGAGCUCCGUGGGACAGUGUGGAGUCCGUCUCGGAGCUCUGACCAGCAGCCUCGGUCACCGGCGGCUUUGUGGAUGACCGGCGCCGCAUUUCAGCGAGAGCGACAGGGAUGGUCUCCACCCUGGAAGGCAUCGUUCCCCCAUUUUCUGGAAGCGCCAUCCGUCGGGGAGACAGUUGUCAGAGGUUGGUCGCUAAUGGCUCAGCCUGGCGGUUUGUUGUGAUGCGUCCGCGGAGCUGCGUCUGCUUCUGUAUCCAACACCGCGAGCCCAGGGUGAGAAGCCCCGACGGACACGAGUGCGUGUUGACCGCGGGCGGGCUCGGAGCACACGCUGCACCCUAACCCGCUCCUGAGGCUGUGCAGAAGGUCUGCACGUUGGACACGUUUUCUCUUUCUGGCUUUCACGAACUUCCAGUAAAAUGGGAAUUAAUCACAA